AUGUCUGACCUCGCCAGCCGCAUCACGAAGCCCGAUGCCGCACCGGCUGCCGCCGACUCUGAGGCCAAGCCUGCGCAGACCGCUCCUGCUGCCGACAACCCUGCAGACGGCGCUGGCCCCGGCCUUGUCGAGUCUAACUACGAUGUCGAGGUGAAGCUGAGCGACCUCCAGAACGAUGCCCAGAACCCCCUCUACUCAGUCAGCGCCUUUGAGGAUCUCGGCCUCAAGCAGCAAAUCAUCGAGGGUCUUCUCGCUCUCAACUUCAAGAAGCCCUCCAAGAUCCAGGAGCGUGCUCUCCCUCUCAUGCUUGCCGACCCCCCCCGGAACAUGAUCGCCCAGUCCCAGUCUGGCACCGGAAAGACCGCCGCCUUUGUUGUCACGAUACUGUCGCGCGUCGACUUCGAGCAGCCUCACACCCCGCAAGCGCUGGCCCUUGCCCCGAGCCGAGAGCUGGCCCGCCAGAUCCAGGGCGUCAUCCAGUCUAUUGGACAGUUCUGCACGAACCUGAACGUCGAGGCCGCUAUUCCCGGCUCGAUUUCGAGAGAGACUGGCGUCAGGGCCAACGUCGUUGUCGGAACUCCCGGCACCGUCAUGGAUCUGAUCAGGCGCAAGCAGUUUGACGUCUCGAACCUGAAGGUCCUUGUUAUUGAUGAGGCCGACAACAUGCUGGACCAGCAGGGUCUUGGAGAGCAGUGCGUCAGGGUUAAGAACAUGCUGCCCAAGUCUAUCCAGACCCUCCUGUUCUCCGCAACAUUCCCCGACAAUGUCAUGAAGUACGCCGAGCGUUUCGCCCCCAACGCCAACCAGAUGCGACUCCGCCAGCAGGAGCUCACCGUCGCCGGCAUUUCCCAGAUGUACAUGGACUGCCCCUCGGCUCAGGACAAGUACGAUGUGCUGUGCAAGCUGUACGGUCUGAUGACGAUUGGUUCAUCCGUCAUCUUCGUCAAGACCCGCGAGAGCGCCAACGAGAUCCAGCGCCGCAUGGAGGCCGACGGCCAUCGCGUGGCCGCCCUGCACGGUGCGCAUGAGGGCCAGAGCCGUGAUGCCCUGCUCGACGACUUCCGCAGCGGCAAGUCCAAGGUGCUCAUCACGACCAACGUGCUGGCGCGCGGCAUCGACGUGUCGAGCGUGUCCAUGGUCAUCAACUACGACAUCCCCAUGAAGGGCAUGGGCGACCGCGAGCCCGACGCCGAGACGUACCUGCACCGCAUCGGCCGCACGGGCCGCUUCGGCCGCGUCGGCGUCUCCAUCUCGUUUGUCUACGACCGCAAGAGCUACCAGGCGCUGUCCGACAUCGCCAACCACUACGGCAUCGACCUGGUCCAGCUCAGCCCCGACGACUGGGACACGACGGAGAAGAAGGUGCAGGACGUGAUCAAGUCGAGCCGCGCCCGGCCCGACUAUGCGCCUAAUGCCCUCGACUCUUGA